AACAACAAACGACGGUCGUUUUUCGUUUCGUUUUUCGUUAAAAAUUUCAUUUCAACAAGAAAACGAUGAUAACGCCGUCGUAUUAAGGAUCCUUCAUUACGACGUCGUGUGGCCUCUCUUCGUCACACUUGCUUCUCUUUCGUGAAUCCCAGCCACACUUCUCCAUCAAUACGCCGAACUUAGCCCGUGUCUCUGCUCCAGUCUCUACCUCGCAGUGACCUUCUUCGUCCACCUCUGUAUCAUACCGGAAAAACAUAUUUUCUUUGUUCGCAUAGGAGUGCCGUUGCUCUUUCAUCGUCGAUAGCCUUUGCCUAUGGCCACGACAGAAGCAGCUCCAGCUUCUGCUGGUCCAAGAUAUGCCCCUGAGGAUCCAACUCUUCCCCAACCAUGGAAGGGGCUUAUUGAUGGAAGCACCGGCAUUCUGUAUUACUGGAAUCCUGAAACGAACAUCACUCAAUAUGAAAGACCUUCUGCACCGGCUCCACCGUUACCUGCUGGCGCUCCUCCCCACUCUUCCACAACACCGAAGCUCGCUCAGAUUCCUAUACCUUCUGCAAGACAAGGCCACCAAGCUCAGCUCGAACAAGCAAAACCAGUUGGUCAUGCGUCUCAGCCGCAUGGUUUACAACAGCAGCCACCGCAAUUUCCAUCUCAACAUGUAAGGCCCCAAAUAAUGCAGCAACAGCCUCCGGGCCAGCAGAUGCCUCAACAGUUUCCCCAGCAACAAAGCCAAUCGAUGGUGCAGCAGCCACAUGGGCAUCCUUCUCUACAGACUUAUCAGCCAACGCCACCGCAGCAGCAGCAAGCAAUGCCUCAGCAGCUAAACCAUCAGUAUGCACAUUCACAACAACAAUACAUGGGUUAUCGGCCUUACAUGCAACCACAAGGGCUUCAAAACUCACAUCACACACCUCAGGUUGGUCCCCAGACUCAACAAUUUCCGAGCCAGCCAGAGUACAACUCGUUGGCGCUUAAGAGGGAGGGGGACGAGUUCCAAGGGGGUAAGAAAACUGGGUUUUCUCAACCCCAUUUACACAAUGUUGAAGGCUCGCCAUCUCAUAAUACCCCCUUUGAAGCUAAGGCAGCAUCACAAAGGACAAAUGCAAACUUGGCUCUAGCUCAGCAAUACAAUGGACCUCAAGCAAACAUGCAACCUCCUUCUACAGUCACACAGUUUCAACAGCCAGGGGCUAAUCUGGUUCACCAGCAGCUUGGACCUAGGCCUCCAAAUCACAUGGACCCGAUGUUGCACCAGAAGUCUCAUGCUUCCCCUUUCCGAUCAAAUAAUACUUAUGACAAUAAUCUGCAAUCUAGACCUGGGAAUGACCCGUACGUUAACGCAAGAAUGGAAGGGCCGGUUAGGGGCACACAACCACUUCAUCCUGCAGCAAUGCCUAAGGAUAUAAGGAUAGGUGGCGGUCCACCUGCAAAUGCUGAUCCCGCCACGGGACAAACAGGUCAUGGAACAUAUAGACACGCUGGUCCAGCUUUUCCAACCGAAGGGAGGCCUCAUUUUGUCACACCUUCUGAUGUUCCCCAUCUCUCGCCUGUUGAAAUCUACCUAAAACAACAUGAAGUCUCAACAACUGGUGAGAAUAUUCCAGCACCAUUCAUCACGUUCGAAUCUAGUGGUCUCCCACCUGAAAUACUUCGAGAGUUGCUUUCUGCUGGAUUUCCAUCACCAACACCGAUCCAGGCUCAAACAUGGCCAAUUGCUCUGCAGAGCAGGGAUAUAGUUGCCGUUGCAAAAACUGGUUCUGGUAAAACAUUGGGAUACUUGAUCCCUGCCUUCAUUCUUCUAAGGCACUGUCGUAAUGACCCCCGCAAUGGCCCAACAGUUUUGAUUUUAGCUCCCACUCGAGAGCUAGCCACACAAAUACAAGACGAAGCCCUUAGGUUCGGUCGGUCUUCCAGGAUCUCGUGCACUUGUUUGUAUGGUGGAGCUCCAAAGGGUCCUCAAUUAAAAGAGUUGGAACGAGGAGCUGAUAUUGUGGUGGCAACUCCUGGGCGUCUAAAUGAUAUAUUGGAGAUGAAGCAGAUUGAUUUCCAGCAGGUUUCCCUUCUUGUGCUUGAUGAGGCAGAUCGGAUGCUUGACAUGGGUUUUGAACCCCAAAUCCGUAAGAUUGUGAACGAAAUUCCUCCUCGGAGACAGACUCUUAUGUACACAGCAACUUGGCCAAAAGAAGUACGGAAAAUUGCUAGUGAUCUUCUUGUGAACCCUGUCCAAGUUAAUAUAGGCAGAGUAGAUGAGUUGGCUGCAAACAAGUCGAUAACACAGUAUGUUGAAGUUGUCCCACAAAUGGAGAAAGAGAGACGCUUGGAGCAAAUCCUGAGGUCGCAAGAACGAGGUUCAAAAGCUAUAAUAUUCUGUUCCACGAAGAGACUCUGUGAUCAUCUAGGACGCAGUGUUGGACGUAAUUUUGGCGCUGUUGUAAUCCAUGGAGACAAAUCUCAAGGUGAGAGAGAUUGGGUACUUAACCAGUUCCGAAGCGGGAAGUCGUGUGUUUUGAUAGCUACCGACGUUGCUGCCCGGGGACUGGAUAUAAAAGACAUAAGAGUUGUGAUCAACUAUGAUUUUCCAACCGGUGUUGAAGACUAUGUCCACCGUAUUGGGAGAACUGGUCGAGCUGGUGCAACUGGAGUUGCAUUCACUUUCUUUACAGAGCAAGAUUGGAAAUACGCGCCUGAUCUGAUCAAAGUUCUGGAAGGAGCAAACCAGCAAGUACCGCCUCAGGUGAGAGACAUUGCAAUGCGUGGUGGUGGUGGUGGUGGUGGUCCAGGUUUUAGCCAGGACCGAAGAGGUAUGGUAAACCGUUUUGACUCUGGCGGUGGUGGUAGCCGUUGGGAUUCUUCAGGUGGGUUUGGUGGGCGUGACGGCGGGUUUGGUGGGCGUGACGGCGGGUUUGGUGGGCGUGAUGGCGGAUUUGGUGGGCGUGAUGGUGGGUUUGGUGGCCGUAGUGGCGGAUUUGGAAUGAGAGAUGACUCAUUCGGACGUGGCGGGAAUCGGGGUCGGGGUUUUCCUGGUCCUGAUGCUAGUCAUAUGAAUGUGGGUAGAGGCGGAUUUGGUCGGUUUGGCAAUAAUAAUAUGGAUGGCCGAGGCUUUGGUCGUGGUCGUGGUGGUGGUGGUAGAGGCUUUGGUCGUGGUGGUGGUGGACGGUUUGAUAACAGGAGAGGUAGAAGCCGUAGCAGAAGUCCUGACUUGGUUCGGCCAAGACGCCCGAGCUAUAGCCGGAGUCGGAGCUAUAGUCGUAGCCGUAGCCGUAGCAGGAGCUGGUCACGCUCAAGGAGCCGUAGCCCUAGGCGUAGCCGUGACCGUGGUGGUUAUAACCGGAGCAGAAGCUAUAGCCGUAGUCCUAGUCCGGUUUAUGAAAGACGGGAUAGGGCACGGCGUGUGUCUGGAUUUGAUAUUAAACCACCAGCUGACAUUGUAGCAGCGACGGGUCUUGAAACCGUGGUUCCUACGCCAUUGUCUGAGAGAAGAGAGAAUGGGGUUGUCGAGACACAGAUAGAAUCGGCUUUUGUACGACCGGUGGUUGAUGAACCCUAAAAGUCAGGACUCGAAACAGAGAAUGAAGAAUUUCAUAAUUCAUCCGAAAAUUUUUGGUUAUUGAAUGGAUCCAUCAAAUCAGACAGCUGACGUUUCUUUAUUUUUUUUUCUUUAUAUAUAUCGUCAUUUUUGUGUUGUAUUAUGGAGAGUUAGUCUGUAAUGUAUUAAGAAUUUUAUCGUUUAUGUAACACCAGCUGCUGCCUUCCAACAAUUAUGGACUACAAAA